AUGGCAGCUCUGAUGAGGCAUCGCUUUGUUCCUACACACUAUCACCGUGAGCUACACACUAAGCUUCGAGGACUGACCCAGGGUACAAAGAGUGUGGAUGAUUAUUUCCAGGAGAUUGAACGGCUUAUGCUUAAAGCCAACGUACAAGAGCCGGAGGAUGCUACCAUGGCGCGUUUCUUGAGCGGUCUGAACCGGGACUUACAGGAUCGAAUGGAGUUGCAGGAAUAUGCAAACAUGUCCGAGAUGCUACACAAGGCCGUGUUGGUGGAGCAACAGCUUAAGAGAAAGGGCACUUCUCGGCUAACUUAUGGUUCCAGUUCGCGGCCCAGUUAUAGAGACGAAAAGCCAAGCUAUCAGCCGAGGUCCGAUUCAAAGUCCAAGCCAGAUCUCAAGCCCAGUUCAUUCGCAUCCCAAUACAAAGGCAAGACCGAGGCUAAUCCGGUCAGAAGCAGAGAUAUUGAAUGUUUUAAGUGCCGAGGCAAAGGGCAUUACGCCAACAAGUGUCCAAACCAGCGGGCAAUGAUUUUACUUGACUCAGGCGAGGUUGUGUCAGAUGACGAGGAGGAUACCGGACCGGUUUUUGACGAUGAUGAGGAGCAUGCAGCUGAGGGUGAACUGCUCGUAUCCAGACGAGUUUUGCUAACUCAGGAACCGGUCAAGGAAGAGGAACAGCGGGAAAACCUAUCCGAUGUGUUGUUCAGGGAAAGCCUUAGGUGGUUAAACAAUCAGAGGCAGCUGAAGGUUACUAAGCAGGUUUCGGUGUCUUUAGCCAUCGGCCGAUACGAGGACAAAGUGGUGUGCGAUGUGUUACCCAUGGAGGCCGGCCAUAUAUUACUCGGGAGACCAUGGCAGUAUGACCGGAGGGCAGUACACGACGGCUUUACCAACAAACACUCCUUCGAGUUUAAAGGCCGAAAGAUUACCCUUGUACCGUUAUCUCCCCGCGAGGUAUAUUUUGACCAACUCCGACUCGAGCAGAACAGCAAAGGAAAAUCCGUUGUGAGUGAUCUCCCAAACACCCCUUCAACUGAGAAUGAGAGUCUGAGAAUAACCCAGCAAAUGGCCUUUGAGAAUGCUUUGACUAGCAUAUCUGACCCAGAGCCGGUUCUUCCGAGCAGUAUUUCAUCUGUUUUGCAGGAAUUUUCUGAUGUGUUCCCGGAAGACAACCCAGGCGGCUUACCAGCAAUCCAAGGAAUCAAGCAUCAGAUUGAUUUUGUACAUGGAGCUUCAUUACCGAACCGGCCAGCUUACAGAACCAAUCCACUUGAAACAAAGGAGCUUCAGAAGCAGGUUGGCGAGCUUAUGGAGAAAGGCUAUAUCCAGGAAAGCAUGAGUCCAUGUGCGGUAUCCGUUUUGCUUGUGCCGAAAAAGGACAGAACCUGGAGGAUGUGCGUAGACUGUCGGGCUAUCAACAACAUCACAGUUAAGUACCUCCAUCCCAUUCCCACCUUAGAUGAUAUGCUCGAUGAGUUACAUGGGUCUAGUGUCUUUUCGAAAAUUGACUUGAAAAGUGGUUAUCACCAAAUCCGGAUGAAGGAAGGUAUAGGAGCCGUACUGAUGCAGGAAAAGAAGCCGAUUACUUUCUUUAGUGAGAAGCUUGGUGGAGCCAUGCUGAAUUAUCCGACUUAUGAUAAGGAGCUCUAUGCCUUAGUCCGCGCACUUCAGACCUGGAAGUACUAUAUUUGGCCGAAGGAAUUUGUGAUCCACACCGACCAUCAGUCUCUCAAACACCUUAAGGGACAACAGAAGCUGAAUAAGAGGCAUGCUCGGUGGGUAGAGUUUAUAGAGACGUUCUCUUAUGUAAUCCAGUACAAACAAGGCAAAGAGAAUGUGGUGGCCGAUGCCUUGUCUUGA